AUGAUUACAAUUUUUCAAUUUCAAUUAUUACGGAUUAUAAAAUCAGGAAUAGCUUCUAUCUACAUGAUAUUAUUGUUUAUGACGUGGUCAAAUGGCAGUUGGAGGAGGAAAGAAUUUGAAGAAUUGUCUUCUAUUCAUAUGAAAAUUAAUUUCUAUUAUUCUUUAAGAAUAAUAGAAAUACUAAUUCAGAAUUGUUCGUCAGCUUAA